CUCCUUUGCUGCUCGACCAGGUGAUUCGUGAUUGUCUACAUGUUUCAAAAAGAAAUGUGUGCCGAUUGUGAAUAAUUCUGAUAAACCGGUGAAUUGAUAAAUAACAUUCGUGUAAACCUUACUAUUUAUUGAAAUAACGAUGAACUCCAUUUUGAGGAAUAGGGCCACUGCGCUGUGUCGUGCGUUAUCUACAUCGGGUGUAAGACAGUGUGCCAUGCCUCCGAAGAGACCGAAGAAGCAGUUCAUCCCGAUAACAUGGAAGUCCAUGGGAGUGACCGCAGUGGUCGCCGGCGGCCUCACAGGAUUCAUGCUGUACAUCCGAAAAGAGAAACAGGAAGCUAUAGAUCGUGAGAGAAAGAAACAGCUAGGAAAAGCUAAGAUAGGAGGAGAAUUUGAAUUGGUGGAUUCUGAAGGCAAACUUGUGAAAAGUACUGACUUCUUAGGAAAGUGGUUGCUGAUAUAUUUUGGAUUUACACAUUGUCCGGACAUUUGCCCUGAUGAACUAGAAAAGCUAGCUGAAGUUGUAAAUAUGCAUGAUAAUACCCCAACAGCACCACCGCUUCAACCUAUUUUCAUAUCAGUGGACCCUCAUAGAGACACUCCAGAACUUGUUGGAAAGUACUGCAAGGAGUUCUCACCAAGAUUGCUAGGGCUGACUGGAACUCAAGAUCAGGUGGCAAAGGCCUGUAAGUCCUACCGGGUCUACUUCAGUGCAGGACCACAGGAUGUUGACAAUGAUUACAUUGUGGAUCACACAAUCAUCAUUUAUCUGGUCAAUCCCGAUGGAGAAUUUGUUGACUACUAUGGUCAGAAUAGAAAUGCUUCAGAAAUUCACAAUUCAAUGCUAGUGAACAUACAGAAAUAUGCUGCAGGGAAAAAGCCGUCAUGGUUUUGAGAUAAAUGUCUUAAAUUAUUGUUUAUUAUAGCUAUAUUAUAAUUCCAAAGUAGUUAUUUUUGUGACAUAAGUAGAAUAAAAAGAUGUUGCUUUUUA